CGAAAAUUCUCUCGUCUCUCCGUAAUCUCUCAAUUUCUUCCUCUUGUUACCCUAGCUCUUCAGAGACUUCAAUUAUUUCAUUUCUCUUCUUCCCCUCCGAACACCUCGUCUGCAAUCCCGACGGGGAGGAAGUAGGGUGCAACGCACUUUGGUACCGAAGUUCAAUCACCUAGUGGAGAGAUCCGUACAAUAAAUCCAUUUAUGUACGGUGGAGCUCUCUUACUUGACAACUUGUAGUUUUGCCUUGUUGUGGAUUGAGUAGUGGUGGAUAUGGUGAAAUGAUAGAUGAGAAUUUGAUAAGUACUGGUUUUAAUUUGUAAUGUUUUUGUUACAAGCUUUCUGGGGGGAAUUUGGGGAAAGUGCAAUAUGUCUGAAUAUGCUCAGCUUGUGUUUGAUGAAAUGCGUGAAAGAGACUUGGCAAACAGAUGAGUUGCAAUUGGCUGGAGUUAGUCCGUGAGGGAAGAGAAUGAGCCUCCAGGCCCUCCACUCCUCCUUUUUUGGGGUUCCACUUCAGAGCUCUUUGAAGUGUAGAAGCAAUGUAAGUUACUUUUAUUUGGAUAGAGGACAUCUCAGUAGAAGGGUCACACGUAAACGUAUAUGUGUAGAGAAGAAAAAUGAUUGGAUAGCUCAAGCGAUUAAAUUUUCACAUUUUUGUGGGAAAAAUGUUGAGUUAUUUAGGAAGAGUAUUGGGUUGAGAAGUGGGUUUGUGGUUAAUUCUGUGAAAGAACCUUUUGCAAAAAGCAAGGCUCUGGUGAUGUCUCUGUCUCCUUUGUGGAAAGAGGGGUUACUGUUGGUUAGAUGUUGUGUUUUUACAGCUGUGAUAUCUGGUGUGUGCUUAUUGGUGUGGUAUGCACAGAAAAAAACCAAAGAUUUUAUUGAAGCUAAGCUUUUGCCUUCAGUUUGUUCAGUACUCAGUGAAUACCUACAGCGUGAGGUUGACUUUGGUAAGGUUAGAAGAGUUUCACCAUUGAGUAUCACAUUAGAAUCAUGCUCGAUUGGGCCUCAUAGUGAAGAAUUUUCUUGUGGUGAGGUCCCAUCAAUGAAAAUUCGUGUUCUGCCCUUUGCAAGUCUGAGGAGGGGGAAGAUUGUAAUUGAUGCAGUUUUGUCUCAUCCAAGUGUCUUGGUUGCGCAGAAAAAAGAUUAUACUUGGUUAGGGAUACCCUACUCAGAAGUUAGUCUCCAAAGGCACUUAUCAACUGAAGAAGGGAUUGAUUACCGUACAAAAAGCAGGAGGCUUGCCCGAGAGGAAGCUGCCACUUGUUGGGACAGAGAUAGGGAUAAUGAUGCUAGGAAAGCAGCUGAGGUUGGUUAUUUUGUUUCUGAAAGAAGUUCUGGUAGAUCUGAAGACGAUAUAUUGAUGGGGACAUGGUCUUUAGGUGAUUCAACAAACUCAAAAUCCUUUUCAUGCAUGGAUGAGGACAUGCAUUUGAGAGAUCAUCAUUGCAUGGACACAGGUGUUGAUUAUGAUAUGAAGCAUGCGGAUUUGGAGAAAUCAUUUGGUGUAAAAGUUCCAGGUUCUGGGCUUAAAUUUUGGUCAAAAGUGAUAAAAGGGCCUAGAAAGAACAAAUUUAAGAAGAAGUACAAUAUAAGUGAUACCUCUGCGGCUGGUGUUACUGCCAAAAGAAGAAUCCUUGAGCGUAGUGCUUCAUCAGCGCUUGCCUAUUUCCAGUUUCUAUCUCGAGAGGAGUCUGGUGAGUCUUCUGAGUCAUCUGGAAGUUAUGAUGUAUUUAACACCCUCUUCAAGAAAAGUGAAGUUGAUUCUACCUACACUUCUAUUGACACUAAGGGCAGUAAAGAACAUUUUCUCAGUGAUAUCCAGAAUGAAAAACAUAAUGAAGAGAGAAAAAUCCAGUCCAUCCCCACGAAGCCUGGUGUUAAUGACAAUUUAAGGAAUUUAAAUUUUGUUAGUGACCCCUUUCUUAUGACUAUUGCAAGACUUAGUAGAGUUACAAAUGUUGGCGAAAAUUUUCCAUUUGUUGGAAAUGUUGGAGAAGCUUCUAUGAUCAAGUCUAAUGUUGAAGGUGUGGAAUCUGUUGUUGAUGAUGUAAAUGGAAUUGGGGAUGAAAAUUUAUCUGAGGGUGAAAUAAGUCAUGUGUCUGAAUUUUUGACAUCAACAAAGUCUGAGCCUACUCCUCCUGCAGCAUACCAUUCAGAUAUGGUUUGGCACUUGAAUUUAAAAUCUGGCUUGCUUUCUAUUUCUGAAAAUGUGAGGAAACUAUUUCCUAACUUUUUAGCUGUUCCCCUUCAAAAACUGAAUUCUGGUGUGGGACCAAAGGUGGAAGAUAUUGUUGCAGAACUAGUUGAUGGUGUCGAAGUUGUGCAGACGGAGGGAAUUGAGAAGAUGCUUCCAGUUACAGUGGAUUCUGUCCAUUUCAAGGGUGGGACACUGAUGCUGCUUGCAUUUGGUGACAGGGAGGCUCGUGAGAUGGAGAAUGCCAAUGGAUAUGUGAAAUUCCAAAACCAUUAUGGACGUGUGCAUGUACAACUCAGUGGAAACUGUAAUACGUGGAGAUCAGAUACGUCUGAAGAUGGUGGCUGGUUGUCUACUGAUGUUUUUGUCGACACUUUAGAGCAGAAUUGGCAUGCAAAUUUAAAAAUUUCCAACCUCUUUGUCCCGCUUUUUGAAAGGAUCUUAGAAAUUCCAAUAGCAUGGUCAAAAGGGAGAGCCAGCGGUGAGGUUCACUUGUGCAUGUCAAGAGGGGAGACAUUUCCUAAUCUUCAUGGACAGCUUGAUGUGACAGGGUUGGCAUUUCAAAUAUAUGAUUCACCAUCAAGUUUUUCAGAAAUUUCAGUGAGUUUAUGUUUUCGAGGUCAGCGAAUAUUUCUGCACAAUGCAAGCGGCUGGUACGGCAGUGUUCCCUUAGAAGCUUCUGGAGAUUUUGGCAUUCAUCCCGAGGAAGGGGAGUUCCAUCUCAUGUGCCAGGUUCCCUGUGUAGAAGUAAAUUCUCUGAUGAAAACUUUCAAGAUGAAGCCCUUGUUAUUCCCGUUGGCUGGUUUUGUGACUGCAGUGUUCAACUGUCAAGGGCCCCUGGAUGCUCCUAUAUUUGUGGGGAGUGGGAUGGUUUCUAGAAAGAUAUCUUAUGCUGUUUCUGAUGUCCCUGCAUCCUCUGCCUCAGAGGCAAUGUUGAAAAACAAAGAGGCUGGUGCAGUUGCAGCAUUUGAUCGCAUUCCAUUUUCCUACCUAUCUGCUAAUUUUACCUUUAACACUGAUAAUUGUGUUGCUGAUUUGUAUGGAAUUAGAGCUAGCCUUGUGGAUGGUGGGGAAAUACGGGGGGCAGGAAACACAUGGAUUUGUCCAGAGGGUGAGGUGGAUGAUACAGCUAUAGAUGUUAAUUUCUCUGGAAAUUUGUCCUUCGACAAGAUCGUGCAACGAUAUAUACCAGGUGAUCUUCAUCUAAUGCCACUCAAAUUAGGUGAUUUAAGUGGAGAAACAAAAGUUUCUGGAUCACUUUUGAGACCGAGGUUUGAUAUCAAGUGGACUGCACCACAAGCUGAAGGGUCGUUGAGUGAUGCUCGGGGAGAUAUGGUGAUUUCACAUGAUUAUCUAACCAUAGGCUCUUCAUCUGUUGCUUUUGAUUUGUUUACAAAAAUUCAAACUUCAUAUCCUGAGGAAUACUUGCUAAACAAAAAUGAGUUUUAUGAGAAGGGCACCUGGCCAUUUACUGUUGAAGGAGUUGAGUUGGACAUGCGUAUGCGUGGAUUUGAGUUUUUCAGCUUGGUAUCUUCUUAUCCUUUUGAUUCACCACGACCUACACAUUUGAAAGCAACUGGAAAAAUCAAAUUUCACGGGAAGGUUUUUAAGCCUUGUAUUACUAGUGGGCAAGAUUUUAGUCCUGACAAGAAUACACAAGACAUGCAAAGGAUAGAUGAUGGAAGUUUGCAGAGUCUUGUUGGUGAUAUUUCAGUUUCAGGGCUCAGACUAAAUCAGCUAAUGCUGGCACCUCAGUUGGCUGGACAGUUGAGCAUUUCACGUGAUACAAUCAAGUUGGAGGCCACCGGUAGGCCAGAUGAAAGUCUUGCAGUGGAGGUUGUACGACCGUUGCAACAUAGCUUUAUAGAGAACUCACAGAAUGGAAAAUCAUUUUCCUUUUCCCUUCAAAAGGGGCAACUAAGAGCUAAUGUUUGUUUCCGUCCACAACAUUCUACUUCGCUUGAGGUACGCCAUUUGCCACUUGAUGAAUUGGAGCUUGCCUCACUUAGGGGAACAAUACAAAGGGCAGAAAUUCAACUUAAUUUCCAGAAAAGAAGGGGUCAUGGCAUGUUAUCUGUGCUUCGGCCAAAAUUCAGUGGUUUACUUGGUGAAGCCCUUGAUUUGGCUGCUAGGUGGAGUGGUGACGUUAUCACUCUAGAAAAAGCUAUUUUGGAACAAAUAAAUAGCCAUUAUGAGCUUCAAGGUGAAUAUGUGUUGCCUGGCACCAGAGAUCGUAAACUUGCUGGGAAGGGAAGAGGGGAUGGUUUGUUCAAAAGAGCAAUGACUGGGCAUCUUGGUAGUGUCAUAUCUUCUAUGGGAAGGUGGAGAAUGAGACUUGAAGUUCCAAGAGCUGAGGUUGCUGAGAUGCUUCCACUUGCAAGACUCCUAUCUCGAAGCACUGAUCCAGCUGUUCGAUCUAGAUCAAAGGAUCUUUUCAUUCAAAGUUUGCAAUCAGUGGGGUUAUGUGCUGAGAAUCUACAAGACUUGCUUGAGGUAAUACAAGGCCAUUACGCUCCCUCAAAUGAAGUUAUUCUUGAAGACGUAAGUCUUCCAGGUUUAGCUGAACUUAAGGGCCGCUGGCGUGGUUCUCUUGAUGCAAGUGGUGGAGGCAAUGGCGACACAAUAGCAGAUUUUGACUUUCAUGGAGAGGACUGGGAGUGGGGAAGCUACAAGACUCAACGUGUUCUGGCAGUAGGUGCAUACAGCAAUGAUGAUGGUUUGCACCUUGAGAAAAUUUUUAUCCAAAAGGAUGAUGCAACAAUCCAUGCUGAUGGCACCUUGUUGGGGUCAAAAACCAAUCUUCAUUUUGCUGUUCUGAAUUUCCCUGUUAGCCUGGUCCCUACUUUGGUUCAGGUCAUUGAAUCCUCUGCUAAUGAGGCUGUCCAUUCUUUGCGACAGUUAUUAGCACCAAUUAGGGGUAUAUUGUACAUGGAAGGAGAUCUUAGAGGAAGUCUUGCAAAACCAGAAUGUGAUGUGCAAGUUCGCCUUCUAGAUGGUGCCGUAGGGGGUAUUGUUCUUGGCCGAGCUGAAAUUGUUGCUUCCUUAACCUCAAGCAGCCGUUUUCUUUUCAAUGCCAAAUUUGAACCAUUUGUCCAAAAUGGCCAUGUACACAUACAAGGAAGUGUUCCUGUCAUUUUUGUCCAAAAUAACAUUUAUGAGGAAGAAGAUACGGAAAUAGAUAAAAAUGGUGCAGCUUGGGUCCCUGGUUGGGCAAAGGAAAAAGGUAAAGGUUCAGAUGAUGAAGCCAGUGAAAAGAAAACUUUUAGAGAGAGAACUGAAGAAGGUUGGAACACUCAGCUAGCAGAAAGCCUUAAAGGUUUAAACUGGAACAUCUUAGAUGUAGGAGAAGUGAGAAUUGAUGCUGAUAUCAAGGAUGGUGGUAUGAUGUUGUUGACAGCUUUAUCUCCUUAUGCAAACUGGCUUCAUGGCAAUGCUGAUAUCAUGCUUCAGGUCCGAGGAACAGUUGAGCAGCCUGUGCUUGAUGGAUCUGCAUCAUUUCACCGAGCAUCUAUAUACUCACCAGUACUCCCAAAACCACUUACCAAUGUUGGUGGAACUGUACAUGUGAAAUCAAAUAAGUUGUGUGUCACUUCAUUGGAAAGCAGAGUAAGCAGAAGGGGAAAGCUGUUUAUAAAAGGCAAUCUGCCCCUUAGAAGAAGUGAAGCAUCACUAGGUGAUAAGAUUGACUUGAAAUGUGAAGGUUUGGAAGUACGGGCAAAGAACAUUCUAAGUGGUCAGGUUGACACUCAGAUUCAGAUAACUGGUUCCAUAUUGCAGCCAAACAUUUCUGGAAAUAUAAAAUUAAGCCAUGGGGAAGCAUAUCUGCCACAUGAUAAGGGUAGUGGAGUUGCUCCUUUUAAUAGACUUGCACCAAAUCAGCCCAGGGUUCCAGGUGCUGGUGUCAAGCGGGCAGUUGCUUCUAGAUAUGUUUCAAGGUUUUUCAGUUCAGAACCUGCUACUUCAAGGACUGAACUUCCUCAACCCUCUGUCAAAUCAGCUGAAGUUGAGAAGGAAAUGGAGCAAGUCAACAUUAAACCAAGUGUAGAUAUCCGUCUUAGUGAUUUGAAGCUUGUUUUAGGACCAGAGUUGAGGAUAGUUUAUCCUUUGAUACUUAACUUUGCUGUUAGUGGGGAGCUUGAGUUGAAUGGGCCAGCGCAUCCCAAAUCAAUUAAACCUAAAGGCAUUUUAACAUUUGAGAAUGGUGAUGUGAAUCUAGUUGCAACUCAGGUUAGGCUUAAGCGUGAGCACCUAAACAUAGCAAAAUUUGAGCCUGAGCAUGGGUUAGAUCCAUUGCUAGACUUAGCAUUGGUGGGGUCAGAAUGGCAAUUUAGGAUUCAAAGUAGAGCCAGCAACUGGCAGGACAAAUUGGUAGUGACCUCAACACGUUCUGUGGAACAGGAUGGCCUCUCACCUACUGAGGCUGCUAGAGUAUUUGAGAGCCAAUUGGCAGAAUCCAUACUGGAAGGUGAUGGCCAACUUGCAUUCAAAAAGCUUGCAACGGCAACGCUUGAGACACUGAUGCCAAGGAUUGAAGGAAAGGGAGAGUUUGGUCAGGCUAGGUGGAGGCUAGUGUAUGCCCCACAAAUCCCUAGUUUGCUCUCUGUUGAUCCUACAGUGGAUCCUCUCAAGUCUCUGGCCAGUAAUAUAUCAUUUGGUACAGAAGUUGAAGUUCAACUUGGGAAACGUCUUCAGGCCUCCAUAGUAAGGCAGAUGAAAGACUCAGAGAUGGCGAUGCAGUGGACCUUAAUCUACCAACUUACAAGCCGCUUGCGAGUGCUCCUACAGUCCGCUCCUUCCAAACGCCUCCUCUUCGAAUAUUCUGCUACAUCACAAGACUAGCCUCUUAUUUGCAGUUUUGCACUCUUCAAGCUUAAACUUGCGUUUACACAGUCAGCUUUUGCUGGAAUACCAUCUCCAAUUAGUCGCCUUCAGGUUGAAAUUAUGGUUUUUUCACAAGAAACGGUUCCUUUUCUCCUUGCUAAUGCAACCUCGCUAGCCUCGAAGGUAAAAGCUGCAGGAGAGAGGAAAAGGGUUAAGAUUUCUACAAAUGUAUAUUAUUCUUUGCUCAGAAAUGAAUGAGCUUGUUUAUAUGUUAGGAUGCUUCUGUUUUAACAUCAAAAUUCAAAGGAAAUCAAUGGUAGUCAUGCAAUUUUUUUACCAAUGUUGGUUAAACAAUCUCAACAUUUUCCGGAAAAUAAUAUGAUGGUCACGAA